AUGUUAUGGUCAUUGACGCUCGCUGUUGCAUUGCCUUUGCUACCAGCAGCAGAUGCUCUGGUUAGGAAAAAUGAUGUUGGCAAAAUACCUGCACUAGGUUGGAAUUCUUGGAAUGCAUUUGGAUGUGAUAUCAAUUCUGAGAAAGUCCUCACCGCGGCCAAUAAGAUAAUUAAUCUUGGACUGAAGGAUCUGGGUUAUGAAUAUGUGAACAUCGAUGACUGCUGGAGUAUCCAGAACAAACGCGACGAGAGCACAAGUCGCAUGAUUCCAGAUUCAUCCAAGUUCCCCGAUGGUAUUUCUGGUGUUGCAAAGCAAGUCCAUGAUUUGGGAUUGAAAAUCGGAAUCUACAGCAGUGCUGGUGAGACUACCUGCGCUGGAUAUCCUGCCAGUCUAGGAUAUGAGACAGUCGACGCACAGUCUUUUGCUGAUUGGGGUAUUGAUUACCUCAAAUAUGACAAUUGCGGUGUUCCCGAUGACUGGACAGAUACAUACAAUGGCUGUGUCCCUGAUAAGGGGAACUUCCCUAAUGGGACUUGUCCUGAUCUCACCGACCCAGCUCCAGAAGGAUAUGACUGGAGAAAGUCCAAGACAUAUACAAGAUAUACUACAAUGCGUGAUGCACUGCUCAACGUUGAUCGGACGAUCUUCUAUUCACUUUGUGACUGGGGUUAUGCUGAUGUGAAUACCUGGGGCAAUGAAACUGGCAACUCGUGGCGCAUGUCUCUCGAUAUCACUCCGGAUUGGGCUCGUAUUGCGGAGAUUGCAAAUGAGAACAGCUUUUUGAUGAAUUAUGCCAAUUUCUGGGGUUACCCCGAUCCGGACAUGUUGGAGGUUGGUAAUGGAGAUCUUACUAUCGAAGAAAAUAGGGCGCAUUUUGCACUCUGGGCUGUUAUGAAGUCCCCUCUGAUUAUUGGCACGGCCCUUGAUUCUAUUAACGAUGACCACUUGGCCAUUUUGAAGAACAAGUAUCUUCUUGACUUCAAUCAAGACCCGGUUAUCGGCAGUCCUGCCCAUCCUUACAAGUGGGGAUACAACUCUGACUGGACUUUUGACCCGGUUCAUCCGGCAGAAUAUUGGUCUGGUGCAUCGUCCACUUUAGAAGGAACUUUGGUGCUUAUGCUGAACUCUGAGGAUGCAACUGCUACUCGCACUGCAACAUGGAACGAGAUCCCAGAGCUUAAGAGUCAUGAUGCAUAUAAGGUUAUUGAUGCUUGGACUGGCAAGGAUCUGGGGUGUGUGAAGACUAAGUAUAGCGCCUCAUUGAAGAGCCAUGAUGUGGCUGUUUUGGUGGUCAAGGGACAAUGCUAG